GGGGUGACCGCCCGACGCCGGCUUUCCCGGGGGAGGUGCGGUUCCUCCCUACGCGGGGGUUGCAUGCUCCGGCGGGAAAGCCCAGCUCCUCGUUGGGGUUGUCGUUCUAAGCUGGCUUUGCCCGGCCCCGGAGCAGAGUGCAGGUAUUUCUGGCGAGCUGUUAUCACUUACAAGGGACUUCAGAGAAUGACCUGAGCCAACCUCCGAAGGAUCGGCAUUGCAUGGGGGCAGCGGUGGUAGCAGCCAUACAAAGGCUUGGAGGAAAUGUUCUGAAUGGACGAUGAAAUGAAGCAUUUCUGCCUGCAAGGGGAAGUUGCAUGAGAAGAAUUUGCUGUAGCUAAGCAGCAGCACCCCGCUGGGCUCCUGGCUCCAGCUACUAUGGCCCAAUCCAGGGUCUGGAAUAGCAUCAAAUCCAUGCUGAGAAAGAACGAUGACCCCUUGUUCUUGAACGACUCCAGUGCCUUUGAUUUUUCAGAUGAAGUGGGGGAGGAGGACUUCCCCCGGUUUAACAAGUUGCGAGUUGUGGUUUCUGAUGACACUUCGGAUGCAGCUCCGGACAGACCUGUCAAUGGGGCUCACCUAGGUCUGCAGUCCGAUGACGACUCCUUGCUGGACCGGGAUAUUGCUCUGCGGAGCACACAGACUAGCUCUCCCAGGACGGACCCUUGUAGCAAUUGCAGUAAACAGAGGGAACUAUCAAAACAGAGGAAGGUGAAAAAACGGCUGACCCUGGCUGCCGUUCUCUAUCUCUUCUUUAUGAUUGGAGAGCUCAUAGGUGGAUAUGUUGCUAAUAGUCUAGCAAUCAUGAUGGAUGCACUUCAUAUGCUAACUGACCUCAGUGGUAUUCUUUUGACUCUGCUUGCUUUGUGGCUGUCUGCAAAAUCUCCCACAAAAAAGUUCACCUUUGGAUUUCACCGCUUAGAGGUGUUGUCAGCCCUUGUUAGUGUAUUGCUGGUAUAUAUCCUAAUGGUGGUGUUCUUAUAUGAAGCUGUUCAAAGAACUAUCCAUAUGGACUAUGAAAUUAAUGGAGAUAUAAUGCUCAUUACAGCAGCUGUUGGCGUUGCAGUAAACUUGAUAAUGGGAUUUCUACUGAAUCAGUCAGGUCACCUUCAUUCCCAUUCACACUCCCAAGUACCUGCAUCAAAUACUCCUAACACAGCCCACGGGCAUAGCCAGGGACACAGCAGCCUUGCAGUGAGAGCAGCAUUUGUACAUGCCCUGGGGGACUUGGUACAGAGUAUUGGUGUGCUUGUAGCUGCAUACAUCAUACGUUUCAAGCCAGAAUACAAGAUUGCUGACCCUAUAUGUACUUACAUAUUCUCAAUACUUGUGGUUUUUACAACAGUCCGAAUCAUACGGGACACAGGCGUUAUUAUACUGGAAGGGGUUCCAAAGCAUUUGAAUGUGGACCGCAUUAAAGAAGACUUAAUGAAAAUUGAAGAUGUUUAUUCAAUAGAAGAUUUGAAUGUUUGGUCUCUCACAGCAGGAAAAACUACUGCCAUAGUCCACUUGCAAUUAGUUCCAGGAAGUUCACGUAAAUGGGAGGAAGUUCAGUCCAAGGCCAGACACUUGCUGCUGAACACAUUUGGAAUGUAUAAAUGCUCUGUCCAGCUUCAGAGUUACAAGCAUGAAGUAAACAAAACCUGUGCAAGUUGUCAGAGUUCCAGUGCCUAA